GAGGAGAGAGCAGUCAGAUUCAUCUUUUUCACAGCCUCAGAGAGAGAAGGAAUACUUGAACAAGAGAGAACUACAGAAGAGCACAUAUUGCUAUUUUAAGGAGAGAGAAAGAUAAAACAGGAUGAUUUAUUGUGGAGCUAGCCCAGGACAGAGAGAACAAAACAAGCUGGACAAUAAGAAUACCACUGAAAAGUAAGGAUAUAGAGAUGGAGAGAUGCACACAGUGAACCGUGCUCAUCUAAUGCCAAUCUCCUGAGUGUAUACAGAGCCACACCCACUACACCUGUCGCAACAAUGUGACAGCAACUCUCUGAACACGGAGAACGUCACCUGGACAAUCCACAGCAUUAUAGAAUCCCACAGCACCGUAACCUGGCAACUGCAGACACAUACAGCGCUGUAACUUGGCAACAACAGCGAGAGUCAACUCUAUUGAAUUGCUGCCGCUGAAUCGACUGCACUGUUGUUAUGAGGAUGCUGAGGGAGCCAAUGGUACUGCAGCAGCUGAUCCUGUGUGUGUGUGUGUGUAUGUCCAGUGCUCUAGUGGUCCAUCCCUUGGCAUGGCAGGUCUCCUGUCCGGCAGGGUGUGUGUGUCAGAUCAAGCCCUGGUUCUCCCCCCAGUCAGUGUCUCAUGAAGCACCUACUGUGGACUGUAACAACCUAUUCCUGACCCAGCUGCCUUCCCUUCUCCCCCCAGACACACACACACUCCGCCUGCAGAGUAACCUGCUGUCCACCUUGGAGACCCAUCUGUUACACACACUCUACAACCUCACUGAGCUGGAUCUGUCUCAAAACCGCUUCAGUAGUGUAAGAACCCUAACCUUAACCCAGCUCCAGGCUCCCUCCUUGCCCUCCCUACUUUCCUUGCACUUAGAGGAGAACCAGCUCCGGGCCCUGCCCGCUGCCUCCUUCUGCUCCUUGCCGGCGCUGCAGGAGCUGUUCCUCAGCCACAACCGUCUAUCCUACCUGGCUCCUGGAGCCUUCUCUGGCCUGGUCUCUUUGCUGCGCUUGCACCUCAAUAACAACCACCUGACUUCAAUAGAUCCACGCUGGUUCACUGCCCUGCCCCAACUCCAGGUGCUAAUGCUUGGGGGAAACCCAGUAGAGGUCCUACCUGAUGGUGGCUUCCAGGCUCUGGGUUCUCUACGCAGCCUGGUGUUAGGGGGCAUGGGGAUAAAAGGGCUGCCUGAAAAGGCACUGGAGGGGCUGGACAGUCUGGAGAGCCUGUCCUUCUAUGACAACCUCCUGAUCAGAGUCCCUACACAGGCUCUGAGGAGGCUCCCAGGGCUCAAGUUCCUGGAUCUGAACAAAAACCGCCUGAGUCUGGUUCAGACGGGGGACUUCAAAGACUUGGUCCACUUGACAGAGCUGGGUCUGAACAACAUGGAGGAGCUGGUGGCCAUCGAGAGAGCAGCCAUGGAGAACCUACCUGAGCUCACCAAGUUGGAGAUAACCAACAACCCCCGGCUGUCUUACAUCCACCCCGAGGCCUUCCUUCACCUGGACAAGCUGGAAAGCCUGAUGCUGAACUCCAAUGCUCUGAGUGCUCUGCACCAACAUACUGUCCUGUCCUUGCCCAGCCUUAGGGAGGUCAGCCUGCACUCUAACCCCCUUCGCUGUGAUUGCCUUUUCCGCUGGGUGGCUGACGAGCACACCCACACAGACAGGCACACCCACACAGACAGGCACACCCACACAGACAGGCACACCCUGCAGGCCGUGAGGUUUAUCCAGCCUCAGGCCACCCUGUGCUCAGAGCCUCCAGAGCUGCGGGCUCGCAGGGUGAAGGAGGUAUUGAUCACAGAGAUGUCUGCCUCCUGCCUUCCUCUCAUCCCCCCUGGCAUCCUCCCCACCUACGUGGGGGUGAGAGAAGGGGAGAAGCAGGCUUUGCACUGCCGUGCCCUGGCCGAACCUAAGCCCACCAUAUACUGGGUCACUCCUAACGGGCUAACACUGGGCCAGUCCGACCACAGCCGAAGCCCCACCCCGGCGUCCGCACAGAUGUCCAACUCCUCGUCUUACCACUCCCUGCCGCCAAACGCCUCUGUCCUUUGGUCCGGCCUCACCCCCACCCCCACCUCCUCCCCCAUCUACCGACUCCUGCCAGAGGGGACGUUGGAGAUAGCGGCGGUGACAGUCCAGGAGGCGGGUCUGUACACCUGUGUGGCUGAGAACACACUGGGGGCUGACACUCACACUGUGACUAUUGGGGUACACAGGCACAGGAGGGGGGGUUGAGGUCCUGCCAGUCGGAGGGGACGGGAUAGGAGUUGAGGGGUUUUUCCAGGGAAGUCAGCUGAGGGCCAGAAUCAAGACAGCAGGCAUUCAUGAGCCGCACAUUCACAGUUUGGCUACUAUACAUAAAUAACCACAUAAUAAAGACUGAAAACACACAGACACACAUUUCCGCUUACAGCAGUCCACCGUGUCAAAGAUGGACUGAAAGAUGGCGCCGGCAUCUGCUUUUGGUAGCAGUGCCAUUGUUGGUGGUGCCUGUGCCAGCCAGGAUACGUUAGGGCUACAUCUGGAAAUGCAUGUGGGAGCAAUGUUGGAGCCUAUAAAUUGGACUUGAGAGUGGUAUUACAGAUUCUGUAGGCUAUGUAUUAUCUAUGUACAGCACAUAUAGACAUUGUGUUUGCAAAGACACCCCGACUGUGGAACUACCAUAGAGAAUAGAAAUGGACUACUGCCUUGCUUUCUAUCUGCAGAACCAGUCUGACCUCGGAUGUUGGCAUGCUACUGUGAAUCCCAGUAGCCUACGAAAUCAUGGGACUCAUUUCCAAAAUACAAUUUAUACACUCAUUUCUGAUGACAAAAACAUAUAUAUAAAUACACACCAAUGUCCGUAACUAUGAUGCACUGGUUAAUACAGCUGUCACACUACAUGUAUGGUUAAUACAGCUGUCACACUACAUGUAUGGUUAAUACAGCUGUCACACUACAUGUAUGGUUAAUACAGCUGUCACACUACAUGUAUGGUUAAUACAGCUGUCACACUACAUGUAUGGUUAAUACAGCUGUCACACUACAUGUAUGGUUAAUACAGCUGUCACACUACAUGUAUGGUUAAUACAGCUGUCACACUACAUGUAUGGUUAAUACAGCGGUCACACUACAUGUAUGGUUAAUACAGCGGUCACACUACAUGUAUGGUUAAUACAGCGGUCACACUACAUGUAUCUCACAGGAGACAAUGCCACCAACUAGCGACUGAACAUCAGGAUCACUGUUUCUACACAGUGUCAUCUUAUGCAAGCCUCUCCCUGCAUUAUUUGUGGUUUUGUACAUCAAAGUGGUGGAUGGGAGUAGCCCUUUUUCACCCUGCCCAUUCUACUGACUUCCUAUUGCCUUGCUAUAUUCUUCAGUCCUUUUGCCUGUACAUAACAUAAGCUGGUUUUCUUACCCAGUGUGCCACUCUUUCAAAGAUAAUUUAAUUGUAUUAAAUUCUAUUUUAAGCUAUUAUUAAAACAUUUGAGAUAAAUUGA